CCCAUCUCCUCCCCAGACCUGCUCAGGUCGCCACACCGCUUGGGCGCGAGUGAAGACGAGAGCGGGCCAGGGUUGGUGGGACACGUGCGGAUGAGAGGCGCGGAUAGCUCAACUCGCCCCUCCUCCUCGAUUGUGUCUCCUCCGCUCACAUCGUCUGCCCCUCCAGCCCACGUGUGGUCUCAGCCACCUCGUCAUGAGCGUCGGAGGAGUCACAGUCGCAGCUGUACCGCUCGCGUCACAAUCUUCUCUGCAUCAUCACCACCACCACCAUCAGCAUCACCUCCACCACCAUCACAUUAAUAACAACAACAAAAACAACAACACUCACCAACAGCAGCAGCAUCCUUUACGUGCCCAUCGUGGAUACUGCCCAGAGAUGUUCCCUGGGACUCGCUGGGACGAGCCGAAGGGAGACGGAGCGGAGGAGGUCGGAGAGACCCUCGCGGGAGACGCGGGGGUUGUGCGAGCCGCCCUGCAGGUGAACGGUGACCACGACCUGGACCCUCGCCUGGACUCGAACCGGGCCGCGUUCUCCCAGCGGCCAUCGUGGUUCCACGUGGGACCCGAAUCCCAACCGCCGACAUCGACCCCGCUCAGCAUCAACGUGAACAUCGUGCUGGCCGAGCCGAGCCCCCUAAACGGGGGGCUCAAACUGGAGGCGACUGAUGACGAUUGUGCUGCUGCUGCUGCGUCGGACUUGCUGCUGCCGCACAUCAAUGUGUUCCGCCCCGGUUCGACUCCAGCACAGGGCCCGGUGCCUCGUAAGCCUCCUCCGCCGUACCCGGGUACCGCCGCUCCCGUCUCCUUGCCCACCGGCGGUGAUGGGCGUUUCCACGGCAACGCUCUUACUAUGGCAACGCGCCUGACGAUUAACUACGGGGACCAGGAACAGCUGCAGCAGCAGCAGCAACAACAACCACCCCCUUACGUGCCUCUGCCCUCGGGGCAUUUUCUGCCACUGACUCCUCCAAGGUCACAGCCACAUAGCCCCGAAGUGGAUGGAGAUGUGCUCGCAAGUUUGGGUUUGCAACAUCAGCUUCAAAACCACCAUCAUCAUCAGCAGCACCAGCAGAAGCCCAUGGGUCAUCAUCACCCCCAUCAUCAUCAUCAGCAGCAGCAGCAUCGGCAGCAGCACCAAAAUCAACAGCAAGAUCAACUGUGUAUCGAGAUUGUCCAGCAUUGUCACGCGCCCGUGAAAUUUUCUCCUCAAUUGUACACGAGUGGGCCGCACAAUCAUCAUCAUCAUCAGCAGCAGCAUCAGCUGCAGGACCAUCAGCAGCAGCAGGUGCAGCAACACCCCGAGGCUGAGCUACAACUACAUCAUCAGCAGCAGCAGCAAUUACUACAGCACUGUUUAAACAGCCCAAGCUUGGCUCAAAGUCAGCAAAGCCAGAAUCAUCAUCAUCAUGAGCACGACUUGUACCAACGAGAUGUUUCCGCUGAUGAUGCUGAUCAUAAUAACGUGGCACAGCAACACCACUGUCUACAUUCAAACGACGAGCAGCAGCAGCAUCAGCGGGAAAGUGUUUAUAAUCAGCAGCAUCAUCAUCAGCAGGAGAGUGUCCAGCAACAUCAGAAACAGCAGCAUCAAAGUGUUCACCAUCAUAAUCAUCAGCAGCAGGAAAGUUUGAAUCAUCAUCAGCAGCAGCAGGAAAGUGUUAAUCAUCAGCAACAGCAGUAUCAGAAACAACAGCAGCAAAGUAUUCACCAUCAGCAGCAGCAGCAGCAGGAAAGCGUUAAAGAUCAGCCACAGCGGCAUCAGCAGGAAAGUCUCCAUCAUCAUCAUCAGCACCAGCAACAUCAUCAGCAACAUCAUCAGCAUCAGCAAGUUACACCACGACUCCCCGGAGCUCCACGCAGCGGCCGUCGAACCAACCCCGAGUUGGAGAAGAGGCGGAUCCACCACUGCCUCUUCCCAGGUUGGAUUCCCUGUCGCGGGCUGCUCCAAGGUGUACACCAAAAGUUCUCACCUGAAAGCUCACCAGAGGACGCACACAGGCGAGAAGCCGUACGCGUGCGCGUGGGCCGGCUGCACGUGGAGGUUCGCGCGCUCCGACGAGCUCACGCGACACUUCCGCAAGCACACCGGCUCGCGGCCCUUCCCGUGCCACGCGUGCGGCCGGGCCUUCUCUCGCUCCGACCACCUGGCGCUGCACAACAAGAGACACCAGUGAGCAGCACGCCCCCGACGCCGUCUCCGCGUUUUCCCCUUUCCUCGCAGGGCUAAACAACGGGUUCCGGCUACGGGCAUCUUGAAAUGUACAAAAACAAAUUUUGGCUCAUUUGUUUUGUUUAAAAAUGGGUUCUCCCUCUCGGCGAGCCUCGACGUUUACCCCUCCGAGGAAGUUCCUCUGCGAUUCGGCGUGUUUGGAUGACGUCUGCGGGCGAGCGUUUGGACGCGUGCGAAGAACCCGGGCGAAAAACCCGGGCGAAGAACCCGGGCGCGCACGGAGGAAACGCAACGGAGCCCGCCGCACACGCGGCCACAUGGGAAGCUCCGCAGGGAGUGGAUUCCAGGGAUCCAUCGCCGCACCGCCAUCGCGUCCCAGCUCGACGCCGCUCGCUACACCAAAAACACAAAUCGCACCGGGGCGUCCUGGGCGAGAGAGGCUGCUCUCAGAAUGAGGGUUCACAGAUAUUCCGGAAGCUUUCAGGGUCGCCAAUUGCCCCAUGACGCCGGCAAAAGCAGGCACCGGCCCGCCAAAGACAAAGAUCCCCCGUGUAGCCUUAACAGACUGUUGGGACGAGUGCUGUUAGCGAGUACCUAAGAAGGCCGACAAGGAGCACGAGGGGCUUGGUGGCCAGCACCACGCCCGGCCGCCUUUGUCUCCCCAGUGGUGAUAAUUUUACACGCCGCACCAGGUACUC